AUGGCCGCCACCCCGCCGGCCCCGUCGCCGCCGCGCAUCCUCCUCGCCGGCGACGCCCACGGCCGACUCCACCAGCUCUUCAAGCGCGUCAAAUCGGUAGCUACCCCCUCUACCUACCAUUCUCUCUUCCUCCUCUCGCCGGUGCCGCCGGUGAACCAGUCGACGGGGCCAUUCCACGCGCUGCUCUGCGUGGGGCAGUUCUUCUCCCCCGAGGGGGAUGCCGAGGGCGCACCGGGGGACGUCGCCGACUACAUCGAGGGGCUCGCUUCCGUGCCCAUCCCGACCUACUUCACCGGCGACUACGGCCCCUCGGCGCCGCGGCUGCUGUUGAAGGCCGCCUCUGGCGCUCGCGGGUUCGCACCCGGCGGCAUCGAGAUUUGCCCCAAGCUCUUCUGGCUUAGGGGAAGCAACCGCUUCACCCUCCACGGUUUGUCGGUGGUUUAUUUGUCAGGAAGAAAGGGACUAGGAGGGCCUGGCUGCUACAGCCAGGGUGACGUGGAUGCCCUGCGGGCUCUUGCAGAAGAGCCAGGGAUUGUCAAUUUGUUCUUGACAUAUCCUCUUUUUUUUUCAUUACUGUUCCUUCCACUGCCUGCUAGUAUUAAUAUUGAGUUGCUUUGGGUUUUGGAUCCUAAUGGGUAUGAUCCUAUUGUUGCUGAAUUGGUUGCUGAGAUUAUGCCAAGGGAACCAUAUGUCAAUGAUUCUGCUGCCCAUGUUACCCGCUUUAUUGGACUUGCUAAUGUUGGAAACAAAGAGAAGCAGUGCCUUUCAGGGGAGACUGCUCUAAGAGAUGCAAGACCUCGUAGUGAAAGAAGACGUGUCGAGAGCAGUUGCUGGUUCUGCUUGUCAAGUCCAGAUGUUGAGUCACAUCUUGUCAUUAGCAUCGGAGAAGGUUACUACUGCACACUUGCAAAGGGGCCACUUGUUCCAAAUCAUGUUCUAAUGAUUCCCGUCGAACACUGCCCCAAUACAUUGAUGAUGCCUCCAGAAGCAGAGGCAGAACUUGGGAGAUAUAAGAUUGCUCUGGGUAAGUACUUUGAGAAGCAAGGAAAGACUGCAGUCUACUUUGAGUGGGUUUCACCGCGCUCCCACCAUGCAAACCUGCAGGUGUUAGCGGGACUGCUAAGCAUGGCGGAUCGCGCAGAUUGGAGGAACUGCAAGAUUUCAAAGGAAGAAGAGAUUGGAAUGGUGGACGAUUUCAAACAAGGUUUCCGCGAAUUUGAUCCCGUAGAGUGA